AUGUUCUUUCUAGCUAUUUUACUCUGCUCUCUCGCCGCCACUGGCACAGCCUGGAAUGCCCCUGAGAUUCCAGGGUUCCGGCUCAUGUGGCACGACAACUUCGGAGGGGUCGAUGGCUCUCUACCAGAUACUUCCAAAUGGAACAUUCAACAUUGGUACCAGGAUCACAACGGCGAUCACCAAGAGUACAGGGCUUCCCCUGAAAACGUCCAUAUCAUGGGUGGCAGCCUUCAUAUCCAUCCGUGGCGUGACCCCACUGCGGUAAAAGGUUGGACAUCCGGCCGCAUCGAGAGCACGUACACUCUCACCCCUCCACCCGGUGUCAAGACCAUUGUCCAAGCUGGCAUAGCUCUUGGCACGGCCCCCAGAGGCACGAAGCAAGGCAUCUGGCCUGCUUUUUGGUUGCUUGGUGACAGCCACCGCACCGGAGGUCCCAUAUGGCCUGCCUGUGGCGAGCUCGACAUUAUGGAGCACGUCAAUGGCGAGCAAAAGACUUAUGCCGCUGUUCAUUGUGACAAGUCUCCUGGUGGUAUCUGCGAGGAGAAGAAGGGUAUCUCCGGGUCGUACUCUCACUCGAAUACGGCUACGGGCUUAACUAGUUACAAAGUUGUCAUCGACCGCACGCCGGAGUUCUGGCAGGAGGAGAGUGUAAGCUUCUACGUUGGCGAUGAACUCUUUCAUAAGGUCACGGGGGCGCAAAUUGGCGACUUGGAGGUCUGGAAGACCAUUGCGUGGAACAAGAUGUUCAUUAUUUUCAACGUCGCCGUUGGUGGUGAUUGGCCGGGGCCACCUCGUGAAUAUACCUUGGAGGGCCGUGCGGUUGGUAUGCAAGUCGGAUAUGUUGCGCAUUAUGAGCAACAAGAUCCAGCACAAGAUGCAGCCUAUGGACCCUGCAAUGAAUGUAACUAUCCCAACAUCCCUCAAGUCCCGCCCCCUCGACCUCCACCCCGGGUUCCGGCUCCUUUACCGGCUCCGGCUCCUCCUUUACCCCCUGUUGGUCCUCCUGUUGGCAGGCCUCCGCUUCCCCCCGGGCGGUUCCCUUAUAACUACCCCCCUAUCCCUGAAGUCCCACUGAAUCCGUAUGAACCUCCCUAUGACUAUCCCAAUCUCCCUCCUGGCCGGCCGCACUAUUAG